AGCAGGGCUCUGUGUGCGCAGCUGAAGCGAGGUUUCCGCGGUGAAGUAGACGAAUAGAGAGCGACGAACAAACGGAACGGAGAUAUGAACGGUUUUCUCGUCCCGUUCUCACUUUAAUCUUGACAAAUGUGAGCUAGACAACUUGACAUUUUCAUCUAAGUUUUUGGACGUAACGUGUCGCCUAUUUUGGAGUGCUUUGUUGUUUUCACAGUUUAAAGAAAGGUCGAACGCGCCGCGCUACAACUGCAGGCAGCGUUGGAUUAUUCCCGUGGCGGAAUAUUUUGGUGGACAGUCACAGUCCGACACAUUGCGCACGGGAUAUUCAAAACAUUUAGAAGUUGCGAUUGGUGUCUCAUUUCGCCGUGACUUUUAGGUAUGCCUGUGGUUGUCAGCGUGACUCCGGACAGGUAACCGGGUGUGUUGCUGGUGCCAUGGCAACCCCAGAGCUGCGUCUGUUGCCUGUCAUCGUGGUUACCAUCGUCCUGGUGGCGUUGUCGGCUGCGGAUGACCACGAGUGGCACUUUAAACCAGCUCAGUGUCGUUAUGCCCUGGGGAUGGAGGAUGGCACCAUCCCUGACUCUGACAUCACUGCUUCCAGCGCCUGGUCAGACUCUACUGAGGCCAAACACGGCAGGUUGAGUACAGGAGAGGGAGAUGGUGCGUGGUGUCCUGCAGGAGCAGUGUUCCCCAGUGCUUCAGAGUACCUCCAGGUGGACCUGCGCUCGCUGCACUUCCUGGCUCUGGUGGGUACCCAGGGUCGCCAUGCCGAUGGGCACGGCCGGGAGUUUGCCCGCAGCUACCGGCUCCGUUACUCCCGAGACGGACGCACCUGGAUCACCUGGAAGGACCGCUGGGGGCAGGAGGUGGUGUCUGGGAAUGAGAACACCUAUGAUGUGGUUCUGAAGGACCUGGGUCCACCCAUUGUUGCCCGUUAUGUCCGCUUCUACCCCCUGGCAGACCGGGUCAUGAGCGUCUGUCUACGAGUUGAGCUCUAUGGCUGUCUGUGGAACGAUGGCCUGUUGGUGUACACAGCUCCAGUGGGUCAUGUGAUGCACCUGUCUGGCUCACCUGUGUACCUCAACGAUUCCACCUACGAUGGCAGCGUAGAGUCAGGGGUUCAGUUCGGAGGCCUGGGCCAGCUGUUUGACGGUGUGUUAGGAGGGAAUGACUUCACAGAGACCAAGGAGCUGAGGGUGUGGCCGGGGUAUGACUACCUGGGCUGGAGCAGAGAGGCUCUGGGGCAGGGCAGCGUUGACAUAGAGUUCCACUUCGAAAAGACACGAAGCUUUCACACCAUGCAGGUCCACAGUAAUAACCGUCACACCCAGGGUGUGAGGGUCUUCAGUAAGGUAGAUUGUCAGUUUAAACCUGGCCUCUUACUCCCCUGGUCCUCGCCCCCACUCUCCCUGGCUGUACCUCUAGAGGACCUGAAGGACCCCUCCUCACGCCCCAUCUCCCUGCCCCUGGGGGGUCGCCCCGCCCAGAUCUUACGCUGCCAGUUUGCCUUUGCAGACCGAUGGAUGCUCAUCUCUGAGAUCUCCUUCUACUCCGAGCCGUACGGGGAGGGUGUCGACCCCAUGGACACGGGCUUUGCUCUUCCUGCUCCUCCGGUCUCCUCCGCUACUCCUCGUCCUCCUCCUCCUGUCUUCCCCUCCUCCGUCAGCCCCGCCAACUUCACUAGCGUUCCCUCAGAACCCCCCACCACCAACCCCAUGAUGGACAGCACGGGUAACAGCACACUGUCAGGGGCCGACUUCGAUGCUGUGACCCCAGGGGCAGGCCUUCCUGUCGCCAAGGACGACAGCAGCAACACAGCCAUCCUGAUUGGCUGCCUGGUGGGCAUCAUUCUGCUGCUAUUGACUGUGAUCGCUGUCAUUCUGUGGAGGCAAUACUGGAAGAAGAUACUGGGCAAGGCCCAGGGCAGUCUGUCCAGUGACGAGUUGCGUGUCCAUCUGUCCGUCCCCUCGGACAACGUGGUGAUCAACAAUACACACAGCUACUCCAGCCGCUACCAGCGUAUACACACUUUCCCUGACGACAGGGAGCGCUGCGACGGAGAGGGAGAGUACCAGGAGCCCAGCGCACUGCUCCGACCACUAGGACAAGACGGCACCGGACGAGACAGCACCGCCUUGCUGCUAAACAACCCAGCCUAUGACCUCCUCCUGUCAGAUCAGAGGCAGCAUGGCUCUGGCUCCUCGUGGCCCCUAACCGUCCCUAUGGCCCGGGCCAGCUCCUCUCACCCUCAGGAGAAGAGCCUCAAUAAUGGGGCCCAGGGCUGUGGUAUGGACUUGGAGAAAGGCUUGCCCCCCACCCAGGAGGAGCCUCCCCCGUACCCCGAUGCCCCUCCCUACCCGGCCCUGUCUCCCCCCUUCCCCGCCAGCGUGCCCCACUAUGCAGAGGCGGACAUUGUUAGCCUGCAGGGCGUCAGUGGUAACAACACGUAUGCAGUGCCAGCCCUGACCUCCCCCAGCCCCACUGCAGCAGACUGCACCCCCCUGCCUGAACUGCCUCGACACUGUCUGGUCUUCAAGGAGAAACUGGGAGAAGGACAGUUUGGAGAGGUGCACCUGUGUGAGAUUGAGAGCCCUCAGGAACUGCCUAACCUGGAGUUCCCUUUCAAUGUGAGGAAAGGACGCCCUCUGCUGGUGGCUGUUAAGAUACUGCGUCCUGAUGCCUCCAAGAACGCCAGGAAUGACUUCCUAAAGGAGGGGAAGAUUCUGUCUCGUCUAAAGGACCCCAACAUCAUCCGUCUGUUGGGAGUGUGUGUGAGCAGCGACCCUCUCUGUAUGGUCACAGAGUACAUGGAAAGUGGAGACCUCAACCAGUACCUCUCACACAGAGUCCUGCUGGACAAGACCGGACCCACACACAACACCCCCACCAUCAGUUACCCUGCUCUGAUCGCCAUGGCCAGUCAGAUAGCUUCAGGGAUGAAGUUUCUGUCGUCUCUGAACUUCGUGCACCGUGACCUGGCCACAAGAAACUGCCUGGUGGGGGGUGAGAAGGGCGAGAGCGGGGGCGACCGGGGCGGGGAGCGACCCAUCAAGAUCGCCGACUUUGGGAUGAGCAGAAACCUGUACGCUGGAGACUACUACCGCAUCCAGGGGCGAGCCGUGCUGCCUAUACGAUGGAUGGCCUGGGAGUGUAUACUGAUGGGGAAGUUCACCACAGCCAGUGACGUGUGGGCGUUUGGUGUGACUCUGUGGGAGAUGCUGAGUGUGUGUCAGGAGCAACCCUACUCCAACCUGACUGAUGAACAGGUCAUAGACAACGCCGGAGAGUUCUUCAGGGACCACGGAAGACAGGUGUAUCUGAGCAGGCCAGAUGUGUGUCCUCAGGGUCUCUAUGACCUCAUGCUGAGCUGCUGGAACCGGGACUGCAAGCUCCGCCCAUCAUUUGCCCACAUUCACUCCUUCCUCACAGAGGAUGCCAUGAACAUGGUGUAGAGAGAGAGAGAGGAAUGGAAGAGUGAGAUGGAGAGAGGGGGAUGAGAGACGGCUCCUCCAACCUUCAUUCAUCGUAGAGAUGAGUGCUUUGAUCGAGGGAUGUGUGUAGAAGUGGUGGAGGUGUAGAGGGAGAGGUGUGCAGUAGAGGGACGGGUGCCUGCUUGUAUAUUUUGUAUCUCUCUAUGAUGGGCGGAUGGGGCUGAGACACCGCUGGUUCGGUUUUCACUCCCACGAGACAGACCCCAACCCAAACCCCUUCACCCCCCCUGAGUAGUCUCUAGAUGGUCUUUAUAAGAAUGUAACACAACACAAUGGUUGGUGCGGUGGUGGGUUGAUGUCUGAUUCUGCAUAGUGCUUCUAGGACCACCGAUGGUCUGUCAAUGGUCUGCUAGCGAACACAGGGAAGCUGUAAGACGUAUGGGGAGGCGAUGUGACAAUGCUUGGUAAUGUAGAUGAAGCUAAAAUGAAUUUGUAACGCUGAAUAAGGAUUCUCAAAGAAUAUCAACAAUACCAAUCUGAUUAUGCAUCAAUGUCAGACAUUAAUACUCUGAAAUGUGAUCAUAGUUUAAUAGCAUAUUAACAUUUUGGGAUAAACUUAACACAUCAUCCUAUAUAGAUAUUUUAUUACUUGACCUGCUAAUGUUUUUGGUAUUUGUAUAAAUAAUGUGCUAGGGUUACUGGUGAAGGUCUAUAUAUAUAUAUUCUCAUACUGUCAACAUUUCUCCAUCUCAAAACGGUACACACACAUUUUUCACACAGAGGUGAAAUUGCACACAAGGUUUGCUGUCUUAGUACUAUAUAGAAAUACGAGUAUGUCCCAGUAUAUUUCACUAGUUUUCAGUAUAUAACCCAGUUCUUCCCAGCCCCAAACCCUCCAUCCCAGACCCCAGUCUGUUGUCUCUAGUCUCAUGGAACCAGACGAGUGUGGCUGAAUAUUGCAUUAUAUUCCUCUGGCGUUACGCCUGAGCUUUAAAGUCUGGCAAGCAGAAUGAUGGUAUCUCAUACACAGGCCAGUAGCAGACACAGCAACAGCUGUUCCACCAGCAGUCUGUAACACCAGGCAUUAGACACACACACACAAUGCUUUCAGUCAGUCAGCUGCUCAGCCCAGACUAGGCUGGCGUUGUGACUAUAUUCUGCCUCCCUCUCCACCCAACUCAGUAUCUCACCACUCCGUAAGCCUUUCAUUCUGCAGUCUCACUCAUAUCUCUCACAAUUGAUCCACUCUGAGCUGUAACUAUGGAGUUAUACUGGACUGACGUGAACUGAUCUGGACUCGAGGACUCUUUCCAGGACAGGAAGUGUGUGGUUGUUACCAUAGAGAUAUGGUUGUUACUCUACCAGACCUCCAAACUGAAACCCUUUGGACCUCCGGAGCCAGAGAGAACUGACUGGUGUCACGUGACGUGAGCCUCACUGCCCGAGAGAACAGGUACAGUAGGGGAGGUGCUACAACCAAUGAGAUUUGAACUUAACAGAAGAGAGACAUCCUUCCUUAUGGGAGCUGGAAUAGUAUAACCCACAGCAACACACACUGAAAGACAGACAACACUGCCUGUGCUGUGACAUCACAUGUGAAACUGACAGUUGUGAUUGGUGACUAGCUGAUGGAACGGCAUAACAUGGAUGGACAGAUGGAUUGACGACUAGAGGGGAGUGCGGGCUGGUAUAUGUAAAUCACCAUUUUCAUGUGUAAGUGAGGUGAGCGAUGUGAUUUUCUACCAGCGAUGAAUAGCGGAGCUGGGUCUGACUCAGUAACCCAGAUGCAGAAAGGAGGUUCAUAUAUGUCCAAUACUACCAGCUGCACUUUAAAGGCUGUUUCUGGCCGCAUGCCCCAAUACCUGCACCAGAAUGGGGCAUAGUUACAGUACUUGUAGUUGAACAACUAAUUAACGACACUUUGAGUAGCUCCCCCAACAGUAUCAUGUUGGUAUGCUAGUCUGGAUGUUGGAGCGUACAGACAGUCUGUAUCCCCUUGGUGUUGGAACCGAUAGCAGUCCAACAUGGCAUUGCUGGUCAAAAUAGAUGUAGUUCUAAACAGAAAAACAGGUCAGUGUCUUGUGAUUUAUCAUCUUAAAGUUGAUCAUGUAUUCAUGAUUCAUUUCAGUCGAUUGUUGUUCAAAUAGAACUGCCUCAUGAAAGGUGUUGUCAAGGAGGAAAAUAGAGGUUUGGAAAACCUCUGUCUGCAUUAUGAGGAAAGGUAGAGCACACCAAAUGCUUUCUGCCAGUGUUACAUAGAUACCCAGCAAUAGGGAAACGAUCAGACUGAAUUGUUAAAACGGCAAUCACAACAGAUUUAACACUCAUGAGAAGAGCACUAACAACUGUAUCCAAAGCUUUCUAGUUUGUCAGUAACCUUUCAUCUACAUUAUCCCAACAUAAGCUGCCCGUGGUGGACUCUGCCUCACUGAGUGUAGUUCUGCAUAAUGUGUCAGGCUUAAUCAAGAUGAUCAAAUAAUCCUUGUUUACUGAUUGAAUGAGUGUGAAUGGUGGUGCCAUACGAAUGUGUGUCUCGAUUUACCUUUUUUGAUACACUGUAGCCCAACUAAACCCAUAUUUGUAUAUAUAUUUCCUGUAUAUGUACUUAGAAUCUCCUUGUUGUCAGUGAUGCUGUCAUCCUUUGUCUUAGAAUAUGUACACGUCAUCAGGUUCAUCUUCAAAGGACAGAAUUUUUAUUUUGUCUAAUAUAUGGAAUUUCUUUGUUACAGUUGGGGUCUCUUUUUGUUCCUCUGUAGAAAGCUUGCUACCUUACCUUGAUGCCAUUAUAAUUCAUUGUGUUGUCUAUUUUUGUAGUUUUAAUAAAGUUAACCUUUCCAAAUAAA